AACGAUUAUUCAAAAUCAGAAAAAGUAAAGUUGGUUCGAGCUCUCGGUAAGACAAGAGGUCAUCGACCUUCGAGUAGCAGAGCUGUGACUCAAGUGGCCGUGAGAGAAAUUAAAGAAGAGGCGGAGGGCGAAAGUGCACGUCUACCUUCUGAAGAGAUUCCGCUUAUCAGAGGGCACUCGAGGGCUAAUUUUAAGCCCUUUUCCGAAGGCGAGGCUCGUGUGAGAACGACUUUUAGAUCACUGUAAUGAUCAGCCAUCAUGGCGUGGCCGGCAGCGACGACCCUGACGAGUCUCCUGGUGCUGCUGUUGAUAACGCUUGCGACGUGCUCCUCGUCCAGGAUUAUCGCCACCACCCAGGCACCAUUUGGCAGAAUUCUAAAGGCCGUGAAAUUGCACGGAGGAUACAUGGAAGUGAUCCAGGAACAGAGGUGUUCCCAUGGUCUGCUUCGAUUGACAUGCAGAUCAUUGAAAGCGUUCAUAUUCAUCUUGGAAGCGGAAUAUCACGCGAAUCAUACAGAGCUAUGUAUGAAGGAGUCGAAAAGCUUACAAGAGCUCAGGAUGUGGGAACACAAAGGUAGCACACGACGAUGGAUAGACAUGACAAAACUUAAAGGGAAUUAUAUCCUUGAUGACGUAUACGACAAAACCGAUGUCGUCGAUAUUCGCUCGUCUUUAAAUAAAAGGUGUUCCGGUCAAAAACAUUGUCGUUUUAAUGCGACCAUCGAUCAACCAGGAGCGCAUUCUUGGAUUCCAGGUGGAAUCUUAUUAAAAUACGCCUGUAUACCGGAAGCUGCGGUUAAACGAUAUUGUAACCAAGAGGUGAAGGUGACCACAGAGGAAGGAGGUUACAUCAACACACCGGGCUACCCGCUAUACUAUCUCGGGGAAAGCACGUGCGGUUGGACCUUCAGAACAUUUCCGGAUCAGAGAAUAGUUCUGACCUUCCACGACUUGAACAUCCGCGGCCCACAGAUGGAUGGAAGCUGCGUAGACAUCGUGCGAGUGCGAGAUCGUGGCAGCACUCUCUUCGAGUUCUGCGGCACCGCAGCAGGCACUCGGAUCGUCUCGAACUCAAACGUGUUAACGCUCGACUUCAUCGCUUCCAGAAGGCUCUAUAGCGCCCGAGGAUUUUUAUUGCAAUACCAAGUGUUAGGCUGUCCGGAGAUCUUAGCGCCAAACGGAAGUUACGUGUCCAACGGUACAUUGACUUCGCGAACAUUCUUAUGCAAGUCGGGCAGCGUAUUUUCCGACAGCAUGGAAAGAAAAAGAACACUCGAGUGCAAGAAUGGCAAAUGGAACGAGACUACCACCAAGUUACCUGGUUGCGUGGGUAAGAAUUUUUCUGAUAGAUCCAUUAUGUUAAAUUGCACUUUAUAUUUUUGGAAAGCGUGCAUGUAA